AAAGUGAAUUUGGUGGAGAAAGGCAAGGAAGAUGAGCCAUGAAGGGCUGAAAAAGGCUACCACUGAUGGUGGUGGAGAGCAAAUGCAGAUAUGUUCUGCUGCUGCUGCUUUGUUCAGUGAAGGAGAAGUUGUUGUUGUUCGAUGGAGGACAGUAAGGAAUAUGAGCCGUGAAGGGCUGGAAAGGGUUACUGACGGUGGUGGUUAAGAGCAAGGAGGAAGGUGGAGGAAGGAGGGUUUGUUAUGUUUCUUGAACUUUCUUUUUCUUUCUAUUUUCUGUAGUUUUUUUGGAUUGCCGAGUAUAGUUUUCUUCUUUUUUUUUUCUUUUUUUUUUUUUUCAAUUUUGACCUUCAAUUAGGGUUUCUUAAUCUUAUCUUAAUUGAAUUUUAAGGUUUUUUUUUAUGUAAUAAUAUUAAAAAGGUGGGAUAAAA